GUCCCUCUGUCCCUGCAGCGCAGCCCGUGCACAUCCCACCUGGAGCCUGGGGGAUCGUGGGGCACACAGCCGGCGCCCAGCCCACCUCGGCAGCGCCGGGGCCCGGCACAGAGGGUCUCGCCUGGAGCAUGAUGUCCUACAUCAAGCAGCCCCACUACGCUGUCAACGGGCUGAGCCUGGCUGGGCCUGGCAUGGACCUGCUGCACUCCGCCGUGGGGUACCCCGCCACGCCACGGAAGCAGCGCCGGGAGCGCACCACCUUCACACGGGCGCAGCUGGACAUCCUGGAGGCUCUCUUCGCCAAGACCCGCUACCCCGACAUCUUCAUGCGCGAGGAGGUGGCCCUGAAGAUCAACCUGCCCGAAUCCCGUGUCCAGGUCUGGUUCAAGAACCGCCGGGCCAAGUGCCGGCAGCAGCAGCAGCAGAGCAGCGGCCAGGCCAAAGCUCGCCCCACCAAAAAGAAGAGCUCCCCAGCCUGGGAGGCAGGCACCAAGGCAGGGGCAGCCGGCCCCUACAGCCCCCCACCCACUGCUCCCGCCGGCACCCCCAGCUCCGCCGCCGGUGCCACCAUCUCCAUUUGGAGCCCGGCGUCCAUUUCGCCCGUCCCUGACCCAUUGGCUUCCUCGGCCGCCCCGGGUUUGCUGCGCUCAGCGCCUUUCCCCAGCACCUACAGCCAAGCCGCCGGCUAUGGUCAAGGUUAUGCCGGCUCAGCUGCCUAUUUUGGGGGCCUGGACUGCAGCUCCUACCUCUCGCCCAUGCACCCACAGCUGGGGGCCCCUGGGGCGGCCCUCAGCCCCUUGGCCACCCCCGCCAUGGGCGCCCACCUGGCCCCCUCGCCUGCCGGCUUGGCGGGGCAAGGCUAUGGCACCACUGGGCUGGGCUUCGGCCCCGUCGACUGCCUGGAUUACAAGGACCAGGCGACCUCCUGGAAGCUCAACUUCAACGCUGCCGACUGCCUGGACUACAAGGACCAGAGCUCCUGGAAGUUCCAGGUCUUGUGAGGGGGAACCGGCUCUAGCCCCACCGACGGCGCUCAAGACCCCCCGGCCGGCACAGGCUUGGCGGCAGCCCACGCCACGCCACGCGCUCCUGCUCCACGGGGCAUCUGCGUGGCACGGAGCAUCCCUACACGGAGCAUCCCCAUGGCAUGGACCAGCCCCAUGGCACCCCCACAGCAUGGGUUAUCCCCAUGGCACAGAGCAUCCUUGCAACACGGCACAGCCCCCUAGCAUGAACCAUCCCCACGGCACAGGGUAUCCCUGCAGCAUGGACAGCCUCGCAGCGCAGGGCAUCUGCAUGGCAUGGAGCAGCCCUGCACCAUGGACUAUUCCCACAGCACGGAGCAUCCUGGCAUGGAGCAUCAUGGCAUGAGGCACCCCAUGGCACAGAGCAUCCCUGCACCAUGGACUAUUCCUGCAGCAUAGGGCAUCCCUGCACGUGGCAUCCCCAUGGCACAGGGCAUCUCUGCGGCACGGGACGUCCCAGCGGGACGGAGCAUCCCUGCACCAUGGACUGUCCCGGCAGCACGGUGCAUCCCUGCGGGAUGGAGCAUACUCAUGGCACAGGGCAUCCCUGCACCAUGGAGGAUCCCUGCAGCAGCAGGGACUAUUCCCAUGGCACGGAGCAUCCCUGUGCCAUGGAACAUCCCCGUGGGACGUGCAGCGGGGUGGGACCCCAUUCCAGCUGGUGCUGGGAGUGUCCCUGUCCCCUGCUACACCCCAACCCCUGUCCCCCCUGUAGCUUCAUCUUCCCCCCCAUCACCCCGUGCAGCUCAGUGUGGGGCUGGCAAGUGCACAGAAGAAGGAAAAGGCUUCAAAAAAUGAAAUUAUAAUAAAAAAAGUGGAAAAGAAGGAGGUGGCGUGCCCUCUGCCUCUCUCAGUAAUGGCAGCAGCUAAUGAGGGGCUGCUAACAAAGGGCUGCGUGGAGCAGGUAGCAAGCUGG